GUUCACGCGUGGGGGGGCGGCCCCUCGCCGCCGCAGUCCCGCCGCUGAAGCUGCGGGUCUCGGCUUCCCGCCCGCGUCCUCACCCGCAAUAUGCCUCCGCUGCCCUCGGGCUGCUCGCCAUGCCGGGGACCUGCGGGCGCCUCUCCUCCCUGCUCCUGGGGCUGGCGGCCGCGCUGCUGCUGCUGACGGGGCGGCCGCCUCCCGCCGCCGCCGCCGCCGCCACCCGCCCGCAGCAGCAGCGGGCGGCGCUGCCGGGGGGCGCUCCCGCCGCCGCGGCGGCCUCAGGAUCUGUUUUUACCCUAAAAGUUCAAGUAAAUGACAUCACCAGUCAUCAGUACCUACGACAAGCGGUUGUAGAAGUGUUUGUUAACUACACGAAGACAAAUUCCACUCUUACUGGAAGCAAUGGAGCAGUAUUAAUAAAAGUUCCUUACAAAUUAGGAUUAAGUUUAACUAUUGUAUCGUACAAGGAUGGCUACAUGUUAACACCUUUGCCUUGGAAGACUGGGAGAAUGCCAAUAUACUCGUCUGUGACGCUUUCACUGUUUCCACAAAGUCAAGCUAAUAUAUGGCUGUUUGAAGAUACUGUCUUAAUUACUGGAAAACUGUCUGAUGCCAAAUCACAACCAAGUGUUCAGUUUCCAAAAUUUUUAAUUAAGCUUCCAACAAAUCACCAUAUUACAAAUGUUACAGCCUAUCUGACAGUGCCAGAGCAGUUUUUGAAAGUGGACAGCUUUCUCUAUACAACAGGAAUUCUUCUAAAUAAAUCGGGUUUCAAAAGCAUGGAAUUAGCUCCUCUUGCUGCAAUAUGCGUAAACAUUCUUUUGACUGGAAAAGAACUGAAAGUAAGUGGUCCCAUUCAAAUUACGCUUCCUCUUCCCACAAGUACUGUAAAACCAGGAGAUGCUAUACCUGCAUGGACAUUCGAUAUGAAAACUGGUGCUUGGGUAAGCCGUGGGCUGGGAACGGUAAAGGAAGCAGAUGGUCAAUUAGUAUGGACAUACACUGCUCAACACUUAGGCUACUGGAUAGCAGCUCCACUGCCAGGAACAAGAGAAUCCAUUAUUAGUGCGGUUUCGAAGGACAUAACAGCCUAUCAUACAGUGUUCCUUACAGCCAUACUGGGAGGUACUGUUGUCAUUAUCAUUGGAUUUUUUGCUGUUCUUCUUUGUUACUGCAGGGAUAAAUGUGGUCGGACACAAAAGAAGGAGAAAAAUACAACGAAGCUGGAGGUCAUAAAAAAAGACCAGACAACAUCAACAACUCACAUAAAUCACAUGAAUGCUGUCAAAGGGUCUUCAAAGUUGGAAGAUAAGUCACAGUUAUAUACACCGAAGAUUUCUUCCUACAGCCCUCAAAGAAGGAUGUCCAUAGACACAGAAGAUGGAAAAUCACAAGACAAUUUUAAAAUCUACACAGAGGAUGCUUCUUAUCAGUCUUCCUGUCAGACUGGUCAGUUAAGAAAUGCAGCCCAUUCAUUGGAGCCUAAUGCUGGAGUUCGACAUUUACAGCAGCUGAAGCAGAGCAACAGUGCUGUUUCCCAGGCUCCCAGGGACAUUCCAGACCAAAACAGAUACCUGUCACUGAAAGAGGACAUGUAUGGGCUUACCCAUAUCCCAGAACAGCUAAUGCAUAUUUACAAUCAACCUAUUGCUAUUCUUCAAACCUCUGACCUUUUCCACUCCCCAGAACAAUUGCAUCCUGCUAAAUCAGCAACUUUGCCAAGAAAAGGGCAGUUGGUAUAUAGCCCCAUGAUGGAACCCAUGAAUCGCGACGGUUACAUGCAGACGUUACCAAAAAUGCCAGUGCACUCUCAUCCACAGCCUUCUGCCUGCAGAGGUGAAAACAAUACAUUAGCUAGUGAAGAGGGCUUACCUUCUCAAACGUCAAACUGGGGCCGGUACACUAACAGCUUACUGGAAUCUGUCUCUGUUCCUGGGACACUGAAUGAAGCAGUUGUAAUGACUCCGUUUUCAUCUGAGCUUCAAGGUAUUUCAGAACAAACGUUACUGGAACUCUCUAAAGGAAAACCAUCUCCACAUCCUCGAGCAUGGUUUGUGUCCCUGGAUGGAAAGCCGAUUGCGCAGGUGAGGCAUUCUUUCAUAGAUCUGAAAAAGGGUAGAAAAACAGAGAGUAACGAUACCAGUCUGGAUUCUGGUGUGGACAUGAAUGAGCAUCAUCCUAGUAGGAAACUGGAGAGAGAGAAAACUUUCAUAAAAAAUAUGCCGCAUUCUAAGAUCCUUUACUUGGAAGAUCUGGAUCUGAGUAGCAGUGAAAGUGGGACCACUGCUUGCACUCCAGAGGACCAGGCUAUGAGGCACCUUCUGGAUGGAGGGAAUGGGCCAGUCAUAGAACAGCAAGAUGAAGAAGGUCUAAGAAGAAAAACGGUAUCAGGAAGUCAUGAAUCUGGUAUCGCUUCUGCUAAAAGAAGGGAUAGACCUUCUAUCACAAAAAGAGAUAGCAAAACCAAUAUCUGGAAGAAAAGAGAGGAGAGGCCACUUAUUCCUAUAAAUUAAAACACAGCGUGCUUUGUGUUGUUGCUCUCCCUGCUGGUUAUUGACCUCUUGGCUGCUUCUGUAAUUCUGCAGUGUUGGGUUUACAAGGGAAAUGUUGUUUUCUAGUAUCAAGAAAAGUUACAGUUUUUUAAUACACAGAUUGAGUUACUAAACUUCAAUUAGGCAAUUGAUAUUCGGUGUGAAUUGAAAACGGGGAAGUGCUACUAUUAAAAUUUUCCAGUUCCUGAUUUUGCUGGCAGUAUAGGGAAGGUCCACAUUUUACUUAGCCUGCCGUUCUUGGACGCAUCUCUGGGAAUGCACAGUGAGAAAUGUAGGCACAAGUUUUAAUUUUUUCAUACUUGUUCCUAAUGCAUUGGUAGACUAGUUAAAGCCACUCCUCAGCCUUGUUCCCAAUCAAUGUGACCAUCUGUACAGUAUUUUAUAUGUGAACUUUUCUAGGGAUCUGUUACUACUUCUUUGUAUAAUGUGAAAUGUUUCAUCAGUUAGUCCCACGACACCAGCAGUGAGGUCUGUUGGAUUUAUCAGCGGAGCUCUAUAGCAUUUCUGCCCUCCCUGUGUGCCCAUCUGUGUGCAAAAGGUUGCCAUUUCAUAAUGCAGUGGCAGAAGGGGGAUGUGUACAAGCUCUGUGGCCACUGCAGUUCAUGGUCCCCACUGUCUUAAGACGUUGCCCCUCUCCUUUGUGUUAAUCUGCUUUCUUACAAACUGUGAACGUUGAAGACUGAUGUCUGCUAUGAAGUGUCCACAUCCAGCAGAAAAGGACUGGUUCUGGUAGCAUUCAGCUGCUGCUACUGCUGAUCCUAGUGUCUUGUUUUUUGGCUUUGUUGUCAGUUAAAAUCUUCUCUUCUGCAUGCCGUUGGACCAGUUGGGCUCCACAACAUAGUCUUGAAUCCCUGAAUAUUUAUAAAUGAGAGUUUGGCCCAUAAUGAAAGAGUAUGCAAGUUUAGACAAAUUAUGCCUUUGAAAUAGUUCCCUUCAGCAGGUAAGUCCAACACUGUUGCUUUUUAUUUUAUGUUUAAAAAGAAUGGAAGAUCAUCAGAGGUUUAUGUGCCUAUGUUUUGCCAGCCUGAGCUGCUUUUGUCUAGGUUGUGCAUUGCAGAGGGGUUAAACAGGCUUUAAAAGUUGGGGGCUUUUAUGAGCAUGAGAGAGCAGAUGGCAAAAUUUGGUCUAUAAUGCAAUAUAAAUACUACUUAUGACUCAUCUUAGAGUUAAAUUUACCAAAAGUCAUGAAUGCAUGAAAUGUAACUAAGAUAUGUAUAGAGGAAGGGAAAGGCCAUCAGAAUAUUCUUUAUUUUUAAUGUUCAUCUUGUCAAAGUGAUAGUUUCAACUUUGGCUAACAGAAAAGUAGAUGCAUCCCUGAAUGUGCUUCAUACAGUGUAUCAAACGUCUUCCUGUGGCUUUUAAGCUGUUUCCUUGAUGAAAUAAGUUCUAGCAUUUUGGCUUGGGCAGUUUGAUUAUAAAUCAUCCUAAAAAAGCUUUAUAAAUAUUUCUGUUAGAGCUUGGUUAGGCUUCUGUACCAAGACCCAAACAUACAAUGCCUGUAUCCAAAUCGUGGGGUGAGAUGCACUUGAUUGUCUGCCCAGUAGUACCCUCAAGCUGGGAAAUGCCCUAUGCAGCUGGGCUUCUGGGAACAUUUACUCAGGAAACAUUAUUGUGAAAUAUCUGUUGUGUUGGGAGUGUCAGUUGUCUGGCCUUGUUUCUAGAAGAAUAUUCAAGGUAACCAGAAUGGUACUAGCUAUACACCAGUUCAAAUUCUUCUGGUGUGCACUUGCUUCAUGAAUGAAAAAUGAUGUUCCUGCUGAGUUCAGAAGUAUGAAAGUGCAAAAUAAGUUUAAGAGGUGUGCUGUCAUGGUUUAACACCAGCCAGCAACUGAACACCACACAGCUGCUUCCUCAUUUCUCCCCCUGUCCUCGGUGGGACGGGGAGAAUUGAGUGGUUGGGGGUGGGAAGUAAAACUUGGGAGCUGAGAUAAGAGCAGUUUAAUAAUUGAGAUGAAAUAUAAUUUCAUUACAAUUUAUUCUAUUUUAAUGAAAAGAGAAAGGAAUAAAAUGGAAGACAGGUAAGUGAUGCACAGUGCAGUUGUUUACCCCCUACUGACAGAUGCCCAGGCACUCCCUGAGCAGUGAUCAGUGCCCCUCACCCCUGGCCAGCUCCCCCCUUCCCACUUUCUAUACUGGGCAUGACGUGCUAUAGUAUGGAAUAGCCCUUGGGCUAGUUCAGGCCAGCUGUCCUGGCCGUGCUCCCUCCUAGCUUCUUAUGCACUUGGCAGAGCACAGGAAACUGAAAAAUCCUUGACUUAGGAUAAGCACUGCUUAGCAAUGCUAAAACAUAGGUGUGUUAUCAACAUGAUUCUCAUACUAAAUCCAAAACACAGCACUGUAGCAGAUACUGGGACGAAAAUUAACCAGGACGAUAUCCACCUCUCUUUCUAUACCAUUUAUGUCAUGCCUGCCUUCCACGCUUUCCAGUACAUCCCAACUGAUAUCUACCACCUUUCUUGUCUUUUGAUACAUACGCACAAGUAUCAUUCUGUUAGUCUAUGGGCCAUCCCUGUAAAGUGUCUGCAAAGUUCAUUCAGUCUAUGACUUUGGCCUCCAUCUGUCGUAACAGGCUUUCAGGGCAGGAAGGAUGGUGUGUGGUGUUGGAUUGUUGCAUGCUGAACCCCAUUCUCAUUCAAUUACUGCUGUGCUUGUCUGCUUCUCUCACUGCUGCACUUCGCUGAGUCUCGUCCAAGUUCACUCUCCAUUGAUCCGGGUGAUUUUUACUGUAAUACCCUUGAUAAAGCAUACAGCCACCAUAGAAGUGAUGAUACAGUGUUGUGUAACAGUUAACAUACUAGAAUUUAAAUCACUGGCUAUUCUCACCCAAAGUCAAAUCCCCUUGAGGCACACAUCAGAUUUCCCCAUCAUCCUGCAUCGCCCACCAAGUGCACCCAGGUCCUUGAGCAAAAGCAAUUCUUGAAGUGGGUGCUUAAUUUCAGCAUGUGUUUCACAGUGAUGGAUACCCUGUGUAAUAGUGUCCAUCGUCCAGUUAACCCUUCAAUCACGAGCCCAUCUCUAUGUUGCAUGUGUUCCUUGAUGGCCUGAGGUGUGAUGGGCUCACCAAGCUAUAAAUAAUUCACUCUUACAUUGCCAGUCCAGAUCCACCUCAGCCACUUCAGUCUUGGGAGCCUGAUCCACCUGGGGGAUUGUUUUGAUGUUCUUCAGUGGUCCUGCUCUUGGGUACAGGGGCAUCUCCAUGACGUGCUUUGACAGCCAGGUUCUCUAGCUGGGCAGCAAUAUCAUGCCACAAUGCAGCAGCCCAAAUGGGUUUGCAUCUGCACUGCCAGUUGCUCUGUUUCCAUGGCGGCAACCACUCCCACAGGGCAUUUACCACCAUCCAUGAGUCUGUGUACAGAUCAAGUAUUGGCCAUUUUUCUCAUUCAGCAAUACCUAAAGCCAGCUGGAUGGCUCUCACUGCUGCACACUGACUCGAUUCACCUUCCCCUGUCAGCAGUUUCUGUGACUUGUCCCAUAAGACUCCACACAGCUGCCUUCCAUCUCUGAUGCUUUCCCACAACAUGAUGGAACCCAUCAGUGGACAAGGCAUGUUGCUUCUCAUUUUUUGGUAAUUUAUUAUACAGUGGGGCCUCUUCAGCACACACCACCUCUUCCUAUGUUGACAUUCCAAAAUCUUUAUUUUGGCCAAUCUGUGAUCACUCCCAAGAUUCCUGGGUGACUGGGCUUUCCUGUUCAAGCUCGUGUGAUCAGUGCGACCCACUUAUUCCUUGUAGCAUCAGUUGCAUGGUGUGUGGAGGGGACCCCUCCCUUUGAACGUCAAGCCCAGCACCAGGAGCCACAGUGCCAGGAGGAGCUGUGUCCCAGUACCAACCACUUGCGAAGCAGCUCAAACACCUUCAUAAGCUGCCAGUGUUUCCGUUGGAGUACAGCAGGUCUCAGAUCCUCUGUAUCCCCUGAUGCUUCUGCCAGAGACUCCAGGUAGGACCAUUCUUCCAAGCUGUGAUGUGGAACACAUUUUUUACAUCUUGCCCUGCCUGGGCUGGCCCAAGGGCUACUGAGUAGACUGCCUCCUGUUUGAUUUAUUCAAAGGCUUGCCCUUGCUCACGGCCCCAUUUGAAAUCAUUCUUCUUCCAGGUCACUUGAUAGAGAGGGCUUACAAUCUGACUGUAAUUUGGAAUGUGCAUUCUCCAAAAACCCACAACACCUACAGAAGCUUGUGUUUCCUUUUUAUUAGCUGGUAGAGAUAUAUAGCUACUGUUUUGUUGAUCCCAUCCAUUGGGAUUUGGCAAUGUCUAUCUUGACAUUUUAUUCCUAAAACUUGGAUCUCCUGUGCAGGUCCCUUGACUUUACUUCAUUUUAUGACAAAAUCAGCUUCCAGAACUAUUUGAACUAUUUUCUUCCCUUUCUCAAAAACCUCUUCUGCUGUGUUACCCCAUACGACGACAUCAUCAGUGUACUGCAGGUGGUCCAGAGCUUCACCCUGUUUCAGUGCAGUCCACAUCUGCCGCGAUUGAGAGACAGGACACAGCUUGAUGCAAGCAGAAUGUCAGUCUUAUUAUGAUUCUUCACAUACUUUUAUACUAGUUCCUAGAUGACCUGUUACAAACUAAUUGGUUUCUUUAGAAUAUGCCAAAGACUGAUUGGCUUACAUUCCACAAGCAAACUGUGGCUUGCACUCUGCUGCCAAAGGGAUUGAGAAAAAUGCGCUGGAGAUAGCAGUUGUGGCCUACCACUUGGCUGCCUUUGACUCCAGUUUGUAUUGAAGCUCUAGCCUGUCCCACGUGGCAGCACUCAGGCCACGAUAGUCUAUUGGUAGUCUCCACUCUCUAUUAGACUUUCACAUUGGCCCCCUGGGGCUGUUAGUGAGCGAGUGUCAUGGUUUAAAUCUGGUUGGCAGCCAGACACCUCACAGCCGCUCACUUAUCCUCCCCAGUCUGGGAAAGAGGGGAAAGAAUUGGAGGGGUAAAAGGAGACUCUUAAGUUGGGAUAAAGACAAUUUAAUUAUUAAAAUAAUGAUAAUAGUAAUGGACAAUGUGAUCACUCACCACCUGCUGACUGUUUCUGGCUAGUGAUCCCAGAGAAGAGAGAAUCCUGAAACUGCAAGCCUGGAAGUGAGAGAGCAAGCUUCCCAGCCCAUCCUCAGCUAUAUAGGGAGCAUGACCUUAUAUGAUAUGAAAUAUUUCAUUGGCCAGGUUGGGUCCGUCGGUCUGGCUGUGCUCCUCAGCUUCUUGUGCACUUGCACGCUAGCAGGACAUUGGAAGUUGAAUAGUCCUUGAUUUCUUAGCAACUACCAAAAACAUCAGUGUAUUAUAAACAUUCUUCUCAUACUAAAUCCCAUACUGAAUCCAAAGCACAGCACUGUGGUGACUGAGGCACAGACUCAGAUCAAGGGUGAUGCUGAAAUAAAGUGUCUCAGUAUCAGCACACAGACUGCUUAUAUAUCUUUUGAAAGUUACAGUACUUUUCUACCAGCUUAACAACACCAGGUGUUUACAUGCUAAUCAUGCCGUCUUCUUGCUUCCUUCUUUCCCAUCAGCAGCCGAAAACCUCAGUGUGCUUAUCAGCAUUUUUCUCAUAACAACCUCGUGCCAUGAUCAAAACACAAUACUUCCAACUACCAAAAGAAACCUUAACUCUACUUUUCCCUUUCGUCUCCCCUGACACAGCACUAUUCUAGCUACUGAGAAGAAUAAGUAGCUCUAUCCCAGGUGAAACAAGGACAGUUUUACUGAUCACUCCUUGGCUCUCUAGUCAGCGAAUCGGCUAAGGGAUGGGAAUUGGGGAGUCUUGGUGCGAUAUUGCUGCCGGUGCACAGUUGUGGUGGCAAUUGGCACCUGUUGUUCUUCAACCCUCAGCAACCCCGCAACAGAGGGGUUCUCCAAGAGACCAGGCAAGCUGGACAGCUGUUUAACUUCCUCUGUCUCCAAGGCAGCUAUACCAAAGGCCCACUGGUACCCCUUCGGGUCCUUGAAGUACCCUCUCCUGAGGUAGGGUGUGGCAAGGAUGCACGGGGCCUCUGGGCCAGGCACAUAAGCAGGUGUUUAGGCCACUCAUUCCCAGUUAGGCUCACUUCAGCCUCCAAUGCAGUUACCUGUCGGGAUCCCCCUCCAGAAAUACAGAUGGGUUCUGCCCCUUUAUAGCUCGAUGGCAUUUGAGUACGCUGCACUGGUGCCUACUCGGGCCUUGUACUCCUGUGGGUCUGACAUGCCAGGCCAUGGGAUCCACACAGUCCAGUAGACCCAGUUGUCCCUCUCUUCCACCUGGCUGGAGGCAGGUACCCUGAAGUACUGGUCAUAGGAUUCUCUACUCGGUUCUUUCUUUCCAUAGGAUCAGGAAUAAGAUUAGCCCUUCCAUUGUGGUAAACUGCCCACUGGAGUCGGGAACAGCAGUUUUCCUGGAAAGAAAAACAUUUGUGAUUGUUUUUCCUUGCAAUUGACAUACCUGUGCCACUAGGGUUGAGGUAGAUUUACCAUCCCAAUUUCUCAGGACAGCGACUCAGAUUCACUGAUUUCCAGGCCAGGAUAAAGGUGAAAAGACUCCACGGAUUCUUCAAUUCACAAAACUCGGCUUUUAUUUGUUCACAACAGUUGUUGGCAUGAAACUUGGUCAGUAAGCCUUGCAACCUUUGCAACAAGCAGUAGACCAUAUACCGUUAUGUUUUAAGGCUCAGCCACACCAGCCACCGUCCCCUCUGAGAAUGGUUUUUAAGGAUCCUGCAGGAAUAAAGUCCAACCAACACUGGUCGAGUGCUAAAAAAAACACUUAUUGGCCCCAGAAAUAAUGCUCCCACCCAGAAGUAGCGGUAAGGUUUUCCCCACAAAGUGGGGGAGAGAGGAAAGGAAUAGAGGAAAGUUGGAAAAGCGGGUAAGAGUUGAAGACAGGUGUCGUGGUUUGAGCCCCGAGGGCAACUGAGCACCACACAGCCGUUCAUUCACCCCGUCCCCAGCGGCGCAGAGGGCAGGGGGUUACAGUCAGCUCACCGCUCCUUCCUUCUCAGGAGGUGGGGUGAAUGCCACCCAUUUUUCUCCUGCUCCACAGGGUUCCCCUCUCACUGCAGACAGCCUCCCACACACCACCUCUGGCAUGAGUCCCUGUGCUGCUCUGGCGUGGGUCACCCCCGCGUGUUGCAGCCCUCCCAGUGCCGAACUACAACCGCGGGGGUUACUUCUCCCCUCAGAGUCCCAGCCUCCUUUAAGUGCAGAUGCCUGUCCUGGAGUGGCUUUCUUACCAGGCUUCAGAUCGACCUCUACUCCGCGCUGGACCUUCAUGUGUGGCAGGGUGAGUCACCCUGCCGUCUCCCCAUGGGAUACGGGGGUCUUUGCUCCAUUGCACCUCUCCCACGUCCUUCUCUUUCCUUCAGCUGACUUCUGCAUUUACCCUCCUCACAAGUCCCAGCCCCCUCUCAUGUUCCCCUCCUUAAAUACGUUAUUGCAGAGGUGCAGCUGAUUGGCUCAGUUUUGGUGCAGAGGUGGAGCUCACCUGGAGCUGAGGGAGCUUUGAGAAGCUUCUCACAGGGGGCCACCCCUAGAGCCCCCUCCCCUGCCACCAAAAACCCCACCACUCAAACCCAGCACAAAAUUUCAGGACAGUUUCUCCACCAUGGUUUCAAUACAUGAUGUUGAGAUUAAUCUUUCAGAAGGUUACACCAGUUCUAGGUCUUGGCCUCUUUUUGAUAAGGUGGUUGAUGGAGUUCGCCAAGGCUUGAUUCUGCAGAUUAAAUCAUGUGGCUUAGGUCAGUAUUUUGAUGUAUCGUAAAUUAGGGGAAGUGAUCAGGCUAAAUAGUAUGCAGCUAUAUGCACAUUUAUCUGGGUGUGUUACCUAGAAUAAGAUAAUUGACAGUAAUUUUCAAAUUGUUACCAAAUGCCACAUAUUACAGAAAUAUUACCAAAAAAAAAAAAAAAUCACUUAAAAAUUCCAUUUGAUUAACAGGAAAAAUCUUCAUAGUAGUGUCAGAAAAUAAAUGAACUCUGGUAUCUUACAAACUUGAAAGCAGAACCAAUUUGAUAAUUAGAGACAUUAUUUACCAAUAUAGAGCUAGAGAUAAUGCACAAAAAAUAAUGCAGGGUUAGUUGUCUGCUUUUUUUUUUUUAAUGUAGUAAUUUGUACCAAAGAGGAUGAAAAGAAUGGGCACCAGUCUAAAUUCCUCUCAUUAGUUAAAAAGUGAAACCGGUUAACAAUAUUACAGAUAUAACACUGUGUGAAUUAGAAGGCAGUACAGUACGUCCGUUGUCUAGUACUACAUAUUAGCAAAAUCUGAAGAUAAACUAGCCUGCUGAAGUGCCUUUCUCUUUCAUCAGACUUAUUUUAUCAGUGGGACACCUGACUAUCUGAAAAGCACAUUAUGUUUUUUUUUCUUUCUGUUAGCCAAAAACUCCCUCAAUCCAUAGUUAAAAUUAUGUAGUUUUUAUAAUAUUUUAAAAGGCAGAUCUAGUGUUUUUUAUUUUGGAAUACAGACUCCUGCAUGUUGAUGAUGAUGGUAAUUGUUGUAAACCCUGUUUUUUUGUAUUUUAUGUUUGAAAAGAAAUUAAAAAAAUAUAUCUUUAGCAAUCUGAACAGUAGUAUCUUUUUAAAAUGCACAUAUGGGAUCUGAUUCAACUUAAUAAAUCAAGAGUAAGCGUCUUGAAGUCACUGGAUUUACAGGUAUGAAACUGACUGGGACUUUAACUUCAAAAAUGAAUUUAAUAUAUGUUUAUAUAUAAAAACUAUUGUAAUGAUAAAAAUCCUUUUUUCAGCUGCUAACCUUUCUUGCCAGUAGAAGCAGAAAGUGUAUGGAGAUAGGUUCUUAAUUCCUAUUUUCUAGAACAAAUUUUUAUCUCAAUUUGGAACUGAACCUGGAUUAUUUACAUAACACAAGCUUCUGCUUUUUAAUUUUUUUUUUAAUUCAGUGGAAUUACGUAAAACAGUACUAUGCCUAGAGAGUUAAAAAUGAGCAUUCUUUUGUAGCAGUUUGUACUAAUUUGUGCCACACUUCUAACAGUAGGCAGCUACCUUUGUGUUAAAGAAUUUAUAGGAAAGGUGGUUGAAAUUACUUUAUUCUGAGCUUCAUUUUCUUUUAAAAACAGUAUUCAGUAUGUUCUGAUUACCAAAAAAAAAUUACUUCUGAUUUUUUUUUUUAAGACUGACGGGAAAACAGUGUCAUUAUUUUUGGUAUUAGCACUAUUGGCCUCAAAACUGUUUUACCAAAUGAUUUUUUUUCAGUCCGUUUAAGAUUUAUUGAACAUUCCUAUAUUCCCUCUCCCCAAAAUGUACUGGUGUUUUAUUCCUCGGUUAACCAAUUCAGUUCCUUUGAAGCACUUGUUGCACUUAAGUCCAUGUUAGAACAGUAAUAUUUUUACAACAUCUUAUUGUGUAGAAAGGCACUUUUUAGUGCUCUUUAGAGCUCGGAGUUCAUACAAAGCCUGGCUCUGAGAUGCUGAAGGGUAGGUGAACUGAUGGCACUGACUGCUCACCACCUUGCAUGUUGGAGCCUUAUAUUCAACAAACACUUCAUUACCUUGGCAGUCAAUUUGACAAACACUCUAGUAUGGCUAUUGCUCAUGUAAAACAUUCUUGAUAUUCAGUAUCCUGGGUUUAAGUAUUUCUACCUUUUUAUAUUUUGUCAGAGGUGUCUUUUCAUCUCUGUAUUUACUACAGUAUCAGUGUAUCUGUUGCUGAAAAUGUAACUAAGAUUUGUAAAAUGUUAUAGCUUAUGCAAUAUAAUAAAAGUUUUAAAAAGUCA